GGCAACAGCUCUGUUCAGAAGAUAAGAGAGGUUCUGUACAUCUCUGAGUUCAGCUUUUCUCGCUUUUCUUGCUUUUAUACAGCGUUAGUGGCGUCUUUCUUCGUGGCAUGAGUUUACGGAAAGGCGAUCGAAGGAAAUCUGGUCAAAAGCACCAGAACACGAGGCCAUACCGAAAUGAUUUACACGAUACCAGCCGCCGUACGAAAGAUAUUAACGCCACUCCCGUGUCCGGCAUCUGCGAACGUUGUAAAGCGAAGAUCGAGUGGAAAAUACAGUACGGAAAAUACAAGCCUCUCACCGCUCCGCGGAGAUGCACGGUGUGCAACGAGAAGACGGUGAGGUUUGCCUAUCACAUCAUCUGCUCGGACUGCUCGUUGCACCACGAAAUUUGCGGCAAGUGCGGAAAGAAGGAAGCUGUGAUUGGUUAUCCGGGACUUUCACCUACAGAGACGGCUAGAGAAGAAGAACAGCUGCGCCAGGCGCUUAGACAUAUGAAAGAGCGCGAGAAGAGAGCGUUUCUUCGACAGUCAGAUAGAGACAGAGGCCAAAAGAGGUGUACGAGUAAAAACGUUAGGUGGGAGUUGAGUGCAACGGGUAGUGGUACUGACACCAUCCUGUCUGAUCGACAGAUCGAUGUGGAGUCGGGUGAUGAGGAGUCUGUUGACGUGGAUGUUUCUUCUACGGAUGCAAUUAAUGAUGAUGCCGGUCUAACGAAGGAGAGAGAAACAAUAGGAGAGUGUCACAGUGGUGUCGUGUGUUCGGGAGAUGAUCGAGACAGUCCUUCAGAAUGAUAAUAUUGAAAAUGGCGUUAAUACAUUGGAGAUUCACCAUAAGUUUUUCAAAAGG